AGAAUCCACCAGAUAUUUCAUUACCUUAACCUCCUUGGCCGAUCCCAACACACUAAUCCUUGUUGUAUCAAUCACUCAUCCGGACUCACUCGACUUACACUGAACACAAUGUCCACUCAACUUGACGCCGCGACUAUUGCUCGUGUUUCCUUGCACGACCCCAAGCACUUCAAUGUCCAGCUCACCCAGACCGUUCACCGCCUGGCUCUCCUACAACACUGGGACAUUCCAACUAGCUCCAAGAUCUUGGAACUAGGGUGCGGACAGGGAGACUGCACCACCGCCCUCGCCACUGUUGUGGGCGAGCAAGGUACCGUGGUGGCCGUUGAUCCGGCCUCGUUGGACUAUGGUGCACCGUACACUCUCAAGCAAGCACAGGAUCACAUCUCACAAGGUCCGCUUGGCAAACGUAUUACCUGGGUCCAACAAAGCCCCCAGGACUAUCUCUCGUCCCUCACUUUAACUAGAGAUGCCAAGGGUUUCGACGCAACAGUUCUCGCCCACUGCCUCUGGUACUUUUCCUCCCCCUCCCUCAUCCUGGAAACCUUCCGUGCAAUUAGGCAGCAUAGCAAACGUCUUCUGCUCUCUGAAUGGUCCCUGGAAGCAACUCACACCUCCGCCCGGCCUCACGUCCUAGCCGCCCUCACUCAAGCCGCUCUAGAGUGCCGCAAAGGCGAAGAGAGCAUCUCCAACGUCCGCACAGUGCUUGGCCCGAAGCGCCUCACCGAACUGGCUGUCGCGGCUGGGUGGCAACUAGAGAAGGAGACCCGCGUGCAAGGCGGCGAAGGGCUACAGGAUGGACAGUGGGAGGUCUCUGCCUGUCUUGGAUCUGGUUUCGCUCGCGAGGUGGAGGAGCGAGUCAAGGAUGAGCGGGAGCGCGCCGUGGUCUUUGCGUUGCGCGAUGCUUGCGAGGCGAGUUUGGACGGUGUACCGGGGGGGAAGAAGGGAGUUGCUGCCAUGGAUGUCUGGGUUGCGAGCUUCGUCUGAGCUCUUUACUCUCCCAGUCUUUCAUCUGAUCGCGUGAACCUUAGAAUAGUACCCGAAAAGACCAGAGGAGUGUCCGUGUUGCAUGUAGUUUAGGUUGUCCGAGUCAAUCACCCGAAAGGUCGCGGCAAAUGAAGGGAAGCUAAAUACGUAGUACGCCUAGUGCUCUCUACAAGUAAAACACAUGCUUUAUGCGCUCCUAUGCAAAAUGCGAG